CAAAAGUUAGCUCCUCGUUCUAGUUUGCAAUUUAAAGUUGGUCCACAAUUUACUAAAACAUGGAUUAAUCACCAAGUUAUUGCAUCAAAUGGUACUGUAUUAAAUCCAGUUAUAUUUGCAAGAAUCGAUAGAGGUUUUGAAAAAAUUGGUGAAGAAUGGAUAGGCUAUAAAAGAAAUUAUUUUACUUUAGUUACAACUUUCAAGUUUGAAAAUCAGGAUUUUAUUGAUUUUUUAAGUGGAAACUUUUCAAUUUAUCUAAAUAAUAGUUUACAUCAAGUUAAUUAUUUUGCUUUGAAAUUAAUUUCAAAAUGUUCAGAAGAUGAUACAUAUAUUAAUUUGGUACAACAUACUGCGAAAAGGGACAGGGGCCCUCAAUUUGCUCCUCCAGUUUAUCCAUCGGUUCCUGGAGAUUUGCCCAAUCACACUGUCAUCAAAGAAGCUGCAAAUGUUAGAAAUGGCGAUAAAAUCGCUAAACUGGAUAAAAUUUUUUAUUUCAAUAGAAAUGACUAUUUUUCAAAAGAAGAUUUGAAUAAGUCUUCAACCUGUUUAUCAAAUUAUCCAAAAGAUAAAAUUUCUAAAGUUGCUCGUUACGAAAGAAUUCAAUUUGCUUCGUCAAUUAAUUACAGAAAGCCUGCAUCAAGCAAUAGACAUUUCAAACUAUUUGUUCAAUUAGUCGCUUAUACAAAAAAUGAUAAUCAGGAACAUGUAAUUGCAUUUACUGAAACUCCUCCAUUGAUAAUCAGAGGUAGAUCUCCCUCAAAUUAU